AUGGGAGCGGCGCAGGAGAAAGGGCGGGAGGCGAAGCACAAGGCGUCCGACGCCAGGGAGAAGGCGCGCGACGCCGCGGACCGCACCAUGGGGAUGGGCCACGACGCCAGGGAGGCGACCAGGGACAGGGCGUACUGGGCCAAGGACGCGGACUCCGACGCCGCUGGCCGCGCCACGGACAAGGCGCGCGGCGCCGCGGAGGCGACCAGGGAGAAGGCCUGCGAGGCCAGGGACCGCGCGUCCGACGGCGCGCAGCAGACCGGGAGCUACAUCGCGCAGACGGCCGAGGCCACCAGGCAGAAGGCCGCCGGCGCCGCGCAGUACGCCAAGGACACCAUGGUGGCCGGCAAGGACAAGACCGGCGCCCUCCUGCAGCAGGCAGGGGAGAAGGUGAUGAGCACGGCCGUGGGGGCCAAGGGCACGGUUGUCAGCACGGCCGUGGGGGCCAAGGACACGGAUGUGAACACAGCCGUGGGAGCGAAGGACGCCGUGAUGAACUCGCUCGGCAUGGCCGGCGAGAACAACGACGGCACCACCACCAACGCCGGCAAGGACACCAGCACCCGCAAGCCUGGCAGGGACUAUUAG